GUGCUCCCCUUCGCAGUGACCCGGCAUUAAACCCCCGUUUGCGCUAGUGCUUCCUCUUUGCUCCUGCGCGCCGAGGGCAGCCAUGGUGAACGUACCGAAAACCCGCAGGACCUACUGCAAAAAAUGCAAGAAACACCAGCCACAUAAAGUGACCCAGUAUAAGAAGGGCAAGGACUCUCUCUACGCACAGGGGAAGCGGCGAUACGACAGAAAGCAGAGCGGGUAUGGCGGGCAGACCAAGCCUAUAUUCAGAAAAAAGGCUAAAACCACGAAGAAAAUCGUGCUGAGGCUGGAGUGUGUGGAGCCCAGCUGCAGAUCCAAGAGGAUGUUGGCCAUCAAGAGGUGCAAGCACUUCGAACUAGGAGGAGACAAGAAGAGAAAGGGCCAGGUCAUCCAGUUUUAAGAUGGGACUCCCACUUCUGCGUUUCCAUCUGUCAAUAAAGGUUGUUGUGUAAACACAC